GAGAGAGAAGCAAAGGAGAGAGUGAGGGAGAGGACAAUGGUUAAAAUGGCUGUUUUGGGACUGCUUGGGUCCUUUUAUAUCUGCUAACAGGUGUCAGUGGAGAAACUCUCUCUAUGUUCUCCAGAGAGGGAGCUGAUGUCAGUCUGCCGUGUAACAAUGUGGUUAAUCCAGACUGUUCCUCAACUACAUGGAUCUACAACAGAGAUGCAUCUACUGGUARUAUUGYAGAAGUUGAAUUUGGGAAGAUCAAAGUUGAGAACACAGAGAGAGCAGACAGACUGAGUGUGGGGUCUGACUGUUCUCUACAUGUUAGUGAUGUCAGAGCUGAGGAUGUUGGACUCUACACUUGUCGACAAUACCUUACAGAGACUGGACCACAAGGAUAUGAUGCUCCUGUUCUUCUGUCUGUUCUAACUAUCUCCUCUACCCCACCAGUGACAGAUCUGAAGCCUAAUGUAGAUAUGACGUUACGGUGUUCUCUGCUCACCUAUAAGGGACAUGAAAGGUACAACUUAGGAGUUAGUCUCAGCUGGGUGCCUGAACCAGGUACUAAUGUCCAGGUCACACAGCAUUCUCCCUGUGACAUCACUCUGACUGUGACACUCCAGAAGGAGGACAACAACAGGAAGUGGACGUGCACGCUGACUGAAAAGGGAAACGUGAAGAUCUCCACRGACUUCACCUCCACAUUCUCAGGUAUGUGUUCUUGUUAUGCUCCUAGAAUAUGAAUAAGUUCACAAGAUCUGUGAUGAUAUUAAAGUUGAAUAUCAAUCCUGAUUCAU